AUGGGACCCAGCAAGAGGGCUCGACCGCAGAGGACCACUACAAAUACUCGCCAGCAGAAGAAGCCUUAUAGCAGACCCUUAGCUUCUUCCAAAAAACUGCAGUGUUUCAACUGUGGUGGUGAGCAUUUGAGGAGGGAUUGUCCAAAACCCUCAGACAGCUCUGAAGGAGGCCCUAGCACUAGCAAGUGUUAUGUGUGCGACCAGACGGGGCACUAUGCCCGACAUUGUCCCAACAAGAAACCAGCUAGAGGCGCGCCAGCCAAGAAGCUGGUUGGAGAUAGGCCUAGAGCACCAAGGCGUGUCUUUGCCUUGACGACUACCAAGGCAACCCAGUCAGGAGCUACCCAUUCAUUCGUAUCCAAUAAAUGUGUGAGGAGGCUCGGGCUUGUGAUGCGGGAGCUGAGGUGUGAGUUAAUAGUCGCGACACCAGCGUCUAGCGAGGUAUCCACCAGCUUUGUUUGUGUGGGAUGCCCUAUGGAGGUGGCGGGCCGCAGGUUCAAGGUGAAUCUUAUUUGCCUGCCAAUGGAGGGUUUGGACAUGAUUCUGGGUAUAGACUGGUCGUUGAGCAACCAUGUUGUCAUCGAUUGCGGACGGCGCAGGGUAGUGUUCCCAGAUACAGCAGGUUUGGAGCUUAUCUCAUCUAAUCAGGCUGUGAAGAAGAUUGAGGCUAGAGCUACAUUGAAAAAGAAGGAUGGCAGCUCCAGGUUGUGUGUUGACUACCGGCAGCUAAAUAAGUUAACGAUAAAGAAUAAGUACCCGCUGCCGAGGAUUGAUGACCUGUUGGAUCAGCUGAGGGGAGCCGCAGUGUUCUCAAAAAUAGACUUGAGGUCUGGAUACCAUCAAAUCCUAGUCAAGCUGGAGGAUGUGCAGAAGACGACUUUCAGGUUGUGUUGUGGGCACUACGAGUAUGUAGUGAUGCCGUUUGGGGUGACUAAUACGCCGACAAUAUUCAUGGAUUAUAUGAAUAGAAUUUUCCGGCCAUAUCUGGAUCAAUUCGUGGUGGUGUUCAUUGGUGAUAUCCUGAUUUACUCUAAGAGUCGGGAAGAACACGCAGAGCAUCUAAGAAUGGUACUAAGGAUUCUCAGGGAGCAUUAG